CCUUACUCGUGCCACUACAUCUAUCUAAGGUAUCUUUCUAGUGUUCUAUUUCCUUCUCAUCAUCUCCAUCUCUCUCUCGCUCCGAACGUCUGCGAACCCCGUCUGCCAUCCUCCUCCGCUCUUCGCCAUCCUCGGCGUCCAGCCUCUUGCAAUGUCUCUCAAGCGAAAGGCCCUUGAAGAUGUCAGUGCUCGAUCCUCGAAACGUUCUACUCCCGCUCCUGCGACUCCUGUCAGCCUGGAUAGCGACGAUGACUACGAAGGAUCUGAUGCACGGUCACAAGAUGAUGCGAGUGACAGCGAGAAGGAACACAUUCGAAAAGCCAGAGCCAGGCUGGACUUCAGCUCCUUUCAAAAUCCCAGGAGGAAACAGACGCAAUCCGUGUUUGGCGAGAAGGACUUUUCCUGGUUAUCUCUGAAACCCGACCACGAGAAUCGUCCCUUAUGGAUCGAUCCCGGCGUGUCGUCCGGCUCGAAAAAGGGACCGAAAAUCACCCUCGAGGCUUUUUCUCCGCUAGCUGCUCAAGCCACUGAUCUGCUCACCACAAUUGCUGAACCGCAAUCGAGACCGUCCUACCUGCACGAAUAUAGGUUCACAGAACACAGCCUGUACGCAGCUCUGUCGGUAGGUCUACGUGGUGAAGAUAUAAUCCGUGCCUUGGAAAAGCUUUCCAAAACUCCUGUACCUGAAUCCGUGAUCGAAUUUAUCGACAAACAUACCAAAACAUAUGGCAAAGUGCGGCUCGUCCUACGCAAUAACAAGUUCUACGUCGAAUCAGAUGAACGUCCCAUUAUCGACAUGUUACUGAGAGAUCCGGUCAUCGGUCCUUGCAAAUCCGCAGGCACUGACGUUCAAGUUGGUAGAAUACAAACAAAAGCGACCGUCAUUCAAGGAACUAGUAAUGCCAAAGGCAUGAAACAAGCAGGCCAGGGCAAUGUGGAAAUGCCCCGAGAUGAUCCAUCCAAAGAGAACGAAGCCAUGAUUGCUGCCCUGCGAGACGAGGAGGAUGAAGAGGAUACCUACAGAGAAGCCCCUAACUUCGAAAUUGCGCCGAAUAAGCGUGAUGUGGUCGCGAAACAAUGUCUGGAUAUUGGAUAUCCUGCCAUUUCAGAAUAUGAUUUUGCCGGCGACUUCGAAAACCCUACCCUUCCCAUCGACCUGAGACCGUCGACUCAAAUCCGUCCUUAUCAAGAGAAAGCUUUGAGCAAGAUGUUCGGUAACGGGCGUGGCAAGAGUGGGAUAAUCGUUUUGCCUUGCGGUGCGGGAAAGACUCUGGUAGGAAUAACAGCUGGCUGUCACAUCAAAAAGAGUAUAAUCGUGCUGUGCACCAGCGCCAUGUCCAGUUAUCAAUGGGCCAACGAGUUCAAGAAAUGGUCCGACAUCAAAGAAGAAGAUAUUGCCGUCUUCUCCGCGUCGGAAAAGCGUCGCUUUACUGGAGAUUCUGGUGUGCUGGUCACGACCUAUUCCAUGAUAACAGCUGGUGGGAAACGUGCCUACGACACUCAACAAAUGAUGGACUGGGUCUAUGGCAAAGAAUGGGGUUUGAUGAUUCUGGACGAAGUCCAUGUCGUACCAGCCAAAAUGUUCCGGAAAGUCGGUGAAAAUGUUCGGGCGCACUGCAAGCUGGGCUUGACUGCUACUCUGCUACGUGAGGACGACAAGAUUACCGAUCUCAACUUCAUCAUCGGCCCAAAGCUUUACGAAGCCAACUGGAUGGAACUAGCAGACCAAGGUCAUAUUGCCAAGGUCCAAUGUGCCGAAGUCUGGUGCCCAAUGUCGAUGGAAUUCUACCAAGAAUACCAGAAAGAGACGACAAGAAAACAAGCUCUGUACUACAUCAUGAACCCGGUCAAAUAUCAGGUCUGCCAGUACUUGAUCGACUACCAUGAAAAGAGAGGCGACAAGAUUAUUGUUUUCAGCGACAACCUGUUCGCAUUGAAGCAUUAUGCCAUAUCGAUGAAGAAGCCCUUCAUCUACGGCGACACCAGCAAUCAAGAACGCAUCAACAUUCUGGAGAAUUUCCAGCACAACGAGCUGAUAAACACCAUAUUCCUGUCCAAGAUCGGUGACACCUCGCUUGAUCUUCCCGAAGCGACGUGUCUGAUCCAGAUCUCAUCACAUUACGGUUCUCGGCGUCAAGAAGCACAACGACUCGGUCGGAUAUUGCGAGCCAAACGACGUAAUGAUGAGGGUUUUAAUGCAUUCUUCUACUCGUUGGUCUCGAAGGAUACAACGGAAAUGGCAUACAGUGCUAAACGGCAGGCUUUCCUGGUCGAUCAAGGCUACGCCUUCAAGACGAUUACCCAUCUCGCAGGCAUGUCCGAGAUGGCUGGUCUCGCAUACACGACGGCUCGCGAACGGAACGAAUUACUCGCACACGUAAUGCUGCAGCAAGAGUCCGAGGCCGAUGUUGAGAAGAUCGAUGACAACAUGUGGAGUCAUCUGAGCGCCGGCAACCGGAGUGCCGCGGCCAAGAAGAAACUGCAAGUCCGAAGACAAGCAGUGUUGAUGGCCGAUGCAAGCGGCGGUGGCACAAUGGCACCAAUGUAUCGUGAGCAAGAAAGGAAGAGCAAGAAGAGCCAGGUACCGGAGAGUGAGUGGUUCCGCAAGGAGGCCAGGCGCCGAGAAUUGGCGGCAAAGAAAAGAAAGAAGGAAAGAAUGGAAGCGGAAAAAGCUGCUGGUGGGGCCUAGCUUUAUUUCGACUACUCCGUAUACUCGUAACGAUCGACAACAGUCUGGUAGAGAAUCAAGCCACCAUGAUUUCUUCUUCUCGUGCUGGUUUAUGCCCUUUCAAGUCAUUCACCUUGUGGGUAGAACCGGAGCCACGUCUGCCGCCUAGGGGGAACGUCCAACGCGACGAUGGUUCUGGGCUUCUGGGCUUCUUUCUGCGGUAAGCGUACGACCAAAGGCUCGCCAACUUCAGACAUGCAGAUAUCUUGGGGGUCGAUGUACUAGUACUAGUAUUCUCAUCAUACGUCUGGCCCAACGAUGGGCCCUUCCCGGACCUAUACAGG